UAGUUUAAACAAUAUAAGUAUCAAUUGUGGAAUAAAAUAAAAUUUUACUCGGUAUAAGUAGCAAAACAAAAAUAAAAAUAAAAACGAACGAAAUAGUGUAAUAUGCGGUUUUCACUAUUUUUAAUAAUUUCUAUUGUAACUUUGCUUACAAAUAGAGUCGAUUCGCUGACAUUUGUUCAUAACAUUUCGGUUAAUAGUGAUUUUCUGAGUGAAGUAUUUUACAAUGAAAUUCGAAGCAAUCAGGAAUUAAUUAAAUUAGAAAAUACUCGCAAUUUUACGGCGGAUUAUAAUACGGAGAAAUGUGUUUCAAAUUUACGCACAAUUGUUACUCAACUUCCGACACAUAUUACGGUGGCUCCAUUCUUUGAUUCAUGGGGUAACCUGCCACCCGGAAUCCUCUAUGGAAACACCUAUGAUGUUGGUAAUUAUGAUCAAUGCAUCCAAACCUCUGUAACGCUGGACGAAUCGAAUGAGGUCGUAAAUGGACAACAUUGUUUUGUAAAAAUUCCAAUUCGAGAAAAGAAUAAUCAAACAGUACCGGCAAUCAAAGAAUUAAGUUUAAAAAUUGGAAUAUGUGUUCCCAAAAGCUGUAGUCCUGAUUUUAUUCAAUCAAUCUUCAAUUCAACUCUCAAAAAGGUUUAUGAUGGAAAAUUGCCAUCAAAUGUUACUGUGUCACUUUGUAAAACUUCUGACCCACCAACCUGGAAAGCAAUCAAUAUUAUCGGAGUAUGCUUUUUUGGACUGAUUGGAAUCAUGAUGCUGGCAAGUACAAUUUAUGAUCUCACAAUGACAACCAUGAAAACAAAACCAACACCAGUUCUAUUGGCUUUUUCCGUGCUCACAAAUGGCAAGAAAAUGUUCGCCAUAUCCACAAAGAAGUCACCCAACAUCAUUGAUUGUCUUACUGGAAUUCGAGUUCUUUCUAUGGCCUGGAUUAUGUAUGGUCACACUUACAUGAUCUCUUUCCAAGUUCCAUUUAUCAAUGAUAACUAUGCUCAAGAGUGGAAGAAGUCAUUUUCUUACCUUCAUGUUGCCAAUGGAACAUUGGCAGUUGACUCCUUCUUCUUUCUCGGUGGUCUUCUAGUAGCUUGGUCCGGAUUCAAAGAAUUAGACAGAACGAAAGGAAAAUUGAACAUUAUCAUGAUGUACGUUCAUCGUUACAUACGACUGACUCCACUUGUUGCUGUUAUCAUGUUGAUCCUGUACAGUGUAAAGGACAUCCUUGGCGAAGGUCCAUUUAAGGAAGGUGUUAAUGGUGGCGAUAUAUGUAAUGGUCACAAUUGGUGGCCGAAUCUUCUCUACAUUCAAAACUACUAUAUUCCCAAUCCAAAAUGUCUAGCAAGGUCCUGGUAUUUGGCUGUAGACUUCCAGCUUUACGUCAUUUCACCAUUCCUCAUGAUUCCGAUGUGGAAAUGGGGUAAGAAAUUUGCCCCUGUCAUUUUGGGCUUGGUUCUGAUGUCAAUUGCCUACAUAAUGACCGUUUACAUAACACACAGCUUUACAGACCUUAAAGGAGGAAACCCAGGAGAAUGGAACCUAACUUACAUCCCGAUGCACACUAGAUGUUCACCGUGGCUUGUGGGCUUUGGUCUGGGCUACUUCAUGCAUGUCAACCGUCAAAGGGAGUUCCGACUUCACAAGAUGCUUCAACUACUUGGUUGGGUAGUUUGCUUCCUCAUAAUGAUUUCGACAGUUUUCGGGCCUUAUUUCUCCCUCAAUGCCCAUGGUAAGGGAACAGUAAUUGAGACAGCCUUAUACGAUGCCUGGAAACGUCCCGUCUGGGCACUAGCACUAGCUUGGAUAACUUUUGCCUGUCACUAUGGAUUCGGAGGUUUCUUGGAUGUUUUUCUAUCGCAUCCCUUCUGGCAGCCAUUUGCUCGUUUGACCUAUGCUAUGUAUCUUACACAUGCUAUGGUAAUAAGAUUUAAUGCUAGUUUGUCAAGACUGCCAGGCUACUUUAGUACAUACGAUGAGAUUCUUCGAUUUUGGAGUGCUUUUGGGAUGACAGUUUUAUUCUCGAUUUUGAUGUCAUUGGCAUUUGAAGCUCCAAUUUUGGUAUUGGAAAAAUUCAUAUUUGGCAAGGAUAAACCUGCCAAGCCACAACCAGUCGAACCGGAAACAUCAAAAAAUAAAAUUCAAGUGCCAUGAAUUUUAUAGGAAGUCCUUAGAGUUAUGAUAAAUUUAAGAUAUUAAAUUAGAUUUUAACUAUUUAUGAGAAUUUUGAAUGAAUGUUUAGAAAAUAAAAGAAAUACAACUAACAAUGCAACUU